UUAUAUUUUUCUUCCAGCUGACAGGCGGCAUUUUUCGGUGUUGUUGUUUUGUUGGUUUUUUUUAGUGGAGGAGAACUUCCAAUGAAAACGAUACAAUGGAGCAGCACAAGGGUCGGCUGGUUUACACCAUCAGCAUGCUCUCGUUGUUCCUCUGCGGCGCAGUACUGUUUCUGAUCGGCUUCUUUCCGGCCUCCUACUCCGUGGCAGAAGACCAGAGCACCGUGCCUGAAGGCCGGCCCACCACAUUGCACGGCGUCAAACUGACGCCACCACCACCUGCCUAUGACUCCUUCGUACUGCUACUGAUCGAUGCUCUGCGAGAUGAUUUCCCGAAUGCCACGUCUAUGCCGGUGGCUCAUUCAAGAGCCUGCGAGAAGCUGAUUCUUCAUGUAGACAUUCCGACGGUGACAAUGCCUCGACUUAAGAGCAUCACCACCGGCACCCUGUCUAACUUCAUUGACAUUGCCUUGAACGUGGGCCACACACAGCAACUGCAGGACUCCUUGCUGCACCGCCUGAAUCACCAUAAUCGACUUAUUACCUUUGCCGGUGAUCACACCUGGGUAAAACUAUUUCCCAGCGAGUUCACGCGGCAAGCCGAAAACCAUGACUCUUUUUAUGUAAACGAUUUUUACGAAGGAGAUAGAAAUGUGACCAAAACCCUGGAGGCGGAGUUGGAAAUUAAUGACUGGACCCUGCUAAUUUUACACUAUCUGGGCCUGGACCACAUCGGCCAUGUUGAAGGAAAUGCCAGUCCCAGGAUCCCGCUUAAGCUUAGGGAAAUGGAUGAAGUGGUGCAGAAAAUAUUGAAACACAAGAGUUUUACAAAUAAAAUGCUUUUGCUGACGGGAGAUCACGGCAUGGCUGAUGGUGGUGGACAUGGCGGAAAUACGCCAGCCGAAACUCUGGUACCUCUUUAUCUGUACUCUAACAAUUGCAGCCAGACCACUUCAGCUGCAACGAAACGCUACAACCAAAUCGACUUAGCGCCCACUCUCUCAGUGCUUCUGUCUGUUGAGAUACCUACCCUAUCCAUCGGUUGCUUGAUUCCAGAGAUGCUGACCUCGUUGUCCCUGGAGUACCAGAUGUACGCUUAUUUUUACAACGCCCAUCACUUGCUCAACAAGGCGCGUGUAAAGUUCGGUCAUGAAAAAGUUCAUCGGAGUGAUUUCUACACGUGGUAUCAGAAUGCUACAUUGCUGCACAAGAAAUUGCUGCUUGGUGGAGCUAGUCAGGUGUUCUACCAGAAUGCCAAGCUAAAUUACAUGCGGGUGGCUCGUGAGAUUUCGGGUCUGCUCUCUGAAUCCCUUGUUAAGUUUGACUACGGAUUUAUGGCCAUAGGACUCGCCUUAACGACAGCGACAUCCCUCCAUACUGUGAUCAGCGUGUUGUAUUUGGAUCUCACUGAACAGCUUCAGUUGGACAGUUUGAAAUGGGGACAGCUUCUAGUUUCCGCGAUUGCGGCAGUCCUUCUAAAUGUGGCCAGUCAUGCACUGGAUAUAAUCCUAACCAGCACCAUGCUCCAAAGCAUUCUGCUUAUGGCACCUAUUGCCAUUGCUGUUUAUUUAAUAAUUGAUGUGGCGCAGGCGCUGCUAAAGAUUGCACUGCCUCCGAUAUACACACGGCGCCUAAAGAUCUCCAUUCCGUUGCCGCUACCUCUGCUAGCUUGUUUUGCUAUUCGCACCUUAACACUUGGUUCCUCGUCGUUCAUUGAGUACGAGUAUAAGACCUGGUAUUACCUGGGUAAUACCCUUAUCUUGCUGACUGCAUUCCGAACGCUGCGACGGCGCAUCACUAAAACUAACGUGGAACUAGAUGGUCGUCAUCUGUACACCAUUGCAUCAACGUGUCUUUGGCAGAUGCGCAAAGUUUUCGUAAUGCUCAUGCUGCUCACAUUGAUGCGCUAUAUACACAGGUUGCAGGCCAUCCGAAGUACAAUAAUGAUAUUCUCACUGUUGUUGCUGUGGGCGCGCCUGCAUCGUCACAGCCAGUUGCCGCAGUCGGUGGCCAGUGCAGCAGCAUUGUUUAUGGUUUAUUGCUUUCGCGGACUGAACGGUCAGGUGCACUUCAUCGAGGUCCCACAGUAUGCCGCUGCUAAACUCAUGGUGCCCACGUUGGUCAUCUUCUGGUGCUGUCUGGCAUUGGUUUUUGUGUUGGGCUACCGUGCAGCUCUGCCUCAAACGCAGAGUUUCGAAAGUGCUCCUCCCAAAAGUGUGCUGCUGCAGCUGCUCCAGACGAACCUCACCAGCUCCCUGCUGCUAGCUGCACUUCUACAAAAGGUCCAAAAUAUCCUACUGUUGCCAGUGCUUCUCGUGGCCCUGCAGCAAACCUACAAGCUGUGCGAUGUUUUCGGGACCAGUACCCGAAAGUUCUCCGUGCGGUUGGUGCACGUGUAUAAGAUCAUAAUGACCAUAUUCCUGGCCAGAAUGUUCUUUUUUUACCAGGGCAACUCGAACAGCUUGUCCACGAUCGACCUGACGCCAGGCUACAUCGGGCAAACUAGUUACAACCCAGUAAUCGUUGGCCUUUUCGUCACCCUCAACACUUACAGUGCGGAGAUUCAUGCAUUCCUUUAUUUGGUUGUCCACACUCUGCGCUCUGAUCUGCGGAGUGUCGGCAUCAUGCAUCUGCAGCCGCCUUAUUCCAUUGCUGCGGAUUCACUGAUAGCUCCACUCUACGCCGCGCUUAUCAUGUUGCCGGCGGCUUUCUACCUCUUUCUGUUGGUAGGCUUUCGCUACCACCUUUUCAUCUAUUCCGUUUUUUCCCCAAAAGUACUCUAUGACUGUUACACUGUGCUGGUGUUUUAUUUGGUUUUUAUAGUAACGAGUUUGUACUUUAGAUUGUUUAAACAUGAUGCUUAAAACUAAGAAUUAAUUUAAAAAUGCAUAAGCUAUUACAAAGAUGAUUGAUGACGAAUA